GAGUUUGUUGCAAGGUUUUCACACCAAAAAGGACAAAAUGAAAGGCACAUACAUGGAUGCCUUGGGAUUUUAUAAUGAUACACAUUUGGUUGUUAUUAAAUUGAACCAUUUGUGGGUUUUGAGGUUGAUUUCUCAGAUAGCCAUUCUGUGGCUAGUUAUUUUAUCAUUCCCCUGGAUUAAUACGGUAAUCAGGGGAUUAACAUCGAGCUAUGGGUAUAUUAACGUUUCGAAAGGUGAUCAUACGAUGGCUAAUUAUAAUUCGAUUAAAUUAGAGGUUUUGCCUCUAAUUUUUCAUGAUUUGGCUAAUGAAGGCCUUCUCAAAACAAGGGACAAGUCCUUGUUUAUUACUAAUGGAAAUGAAGAAGUUAUCUACAAUUCUCAAGUUACAAGUGAUUACAACAUGGAUUUGAUUUCUCUUUUAGAUUUGGCACAUAAAGAUGAGACUUAUGACUUUGCACUAAUUCCCUAUGAUUCAUCCAAGUCUCUCAAUUUUAUCGAUCGAGCUAUGAACGUAGGUGGUAUUGUCGUUGUUCAAUUAAUUAACGACAACCCUAUGAUUACAUUUUCUCAACCAUCAAACUACAAAGUUGUCUACAUACGAAAAUUCGAUUCAACAAUACUAGCCAUGCGAAAGACAAGUUCAUUUACCUCGAUUGAAUCAACAACUACACAACAUCAUAGAAAAUUAUUCAAUUUUGGUCCAAACGCGAAAGAGGAUGCAUUAAAAAAGCUAGAAGACGUACUACUCGAACCACCAAGAGCAGCGUCAGGAAAAUCGAGUAGAUAUCUCAAAAAGACACGUUAUUUGCCAGAAUUGAUGAACAUUCGUCUAGAAAGCUACCCACGUAGGGUAUUCAUUGACGUUGGUUUACAAAACAAAAACGAAAAAUCAAGUGAUUCUAGUUGGUUUUCGAAGCAUUAUCCAACUAGGAACACGAAAUUCGAGAUAUUCAAGAUUGAAAUAGUGGCAAAAGAGUCAUCAGCACCAUUGAUUGGAAUGUCAGAUUGGUUAGAGAAAAAUGUGAAGGAAAAUGAAUAUGUAGUAAUGAAAGCAGAAGCAGAAGUAGUAGAAGAAAUGGUAAGGAAUAAAGCAAUUAAAUUAGUUGAUGAACUUUUUUUAGAGUGUAAACAUCAAGGUGUGAAAAAAGGCGAUAAAAAGAAAAGUAGAAGGGCAUAUUGGGAAUGUUUAUCUUUAUAUGGUAUGUUAAGGGAUGAAGGUGUUGCUGUGCACCAAUGGUGGGGUUAA